AUGUCUGGUCUUCGCUUUUUGAAUAAGGUCGCUAUUGUUACUGGUGGAUCCAAGGGCAUUGGCGCAGGAAUUGUCGAGGAGUUUAUUAGAAACGGUUCCAAAGUAGUGUUUUGCUGCAGAAAUCCAGCCGAGGGAGAAGCUUUUGAAAAGAAAAUGAACGAGAUCGGUAUCGGAGAGGCUGCCUUCAAGGCGUGCGAUGUAAACAAAGAAGAUCAAUUGCGUGCUUUAGUUGAUUUUACUGUGGAAAAAUAUGGUCAGAUUGAUUGCUUGGUGAAUAAUGCUGGUUAUCAUCCGCUUCCCAACACGAUUGACAACUUUUCGGGACAAGACCUGAUGGAUUUGUUCCAGUUGAACGUUGUUUCCUACUUUUUGUUGUCCAAGUUCUGCCUUCCUUACCUUCGCAAAACGCAAGGUAGCAUCAUCAAUGUGAGUAGCUUGGUUGGUCGAAUGGGCCAAAAGAAUGCAGUCACCUACUGCACCACAAAGGGUGCGAUCCAUGCUAUGACCCGUGCAUUGGCCAUCGAUGAGGGCGUUCAUAACGUGCGUGUGAACAGCAUCUCGCCUGGCGGCAUUUGGACGCCGCUGUUCGAAGAGUGGGUGAACGCGACCUCGGACCCCGCCAAAACGCUGCAGUGCGAGGAGGACCAGCAGCACAUUCGCAGACUGGGCACUGUGGAGGAGUGCGGAAAGCUGGCGCUCUUCCUUGCUGCGGAUGCCACCUACACGACAGGAACGGAUAAUAUUAUUAGCGGAGGCAGCGAGCUGGGUUAUGGCAACAAGUUCGUGCGCCCCACAUAAAGUGUUCUGGAUUGAUGCAUGAGUCAGAGCUU